UCCCCCUGCGUUCACUGUAUCCACCGCCCGGAGCUCUCCGCAAAAGGCAUCGUCGGAUCAAACCGUGCCGACUGGCUCAGCACAUGCGCCAUACUCUCCAGCAAGGUCGCCGUCUCCAAGAAACAGGAGGAGACGGACAAGCCCGCCGGAGAUGAAGAUAGCAACAAAGGCAGCGGUGGCAAUGAGCCCGGCAUAAAGCAUUCCCCCGUCGUUUCCGCGGUGAACGGGCAUAUAACUGGAUCGGCGGCGCUAGAUCUGGUUCCGAUCGGUAAUCUCCCCAAACCACUGACGAUCUCCGAUCUCUCCCCAGCUCCGAUGCACGGAUCCCAACUCCGUGUAGCCUACCAGGGCGUCCCCGGAGCUUACAGCGAGGCAGCAGCCGGCCGCGCUUACCCUAACUGCGAGGCCAUUCCCUGUGACCAGUUUGAGGUUGCUUUUCAAGCCGUCGAACUUUGGAUCGCUGACCGCGCUGUCCUCCCAGUAGAAAACUCCCUCGGCGGCAGCAUCCACCGUAACUACGACCUCCUUCUACGUCACCGACUCCACAUCGUCGGCGAGGUCCAGCUUCCGGUUCACCACUGCCUCCUCUGCCUCCCCGGCGUGCGCAAGGAGUACCUCACCCGCGUCAUCAGCCACCCUCAAGCACUGGCGCAGUGCGAGCACACUCUCACUAAUCUAGGUCUCAACGUCGCCCGCGAGGCCUUCGACGAUACGGCUGCCGGAGGGCCCGGACGUGACAGGCUGCGCGACACGGCGGCGAUCGCUUCUGCUCGUGCUGCAGAGCUCUACGGCCUCCAGAUCCUGGCUGACGGGAUCCAAGACGACUCCGGUAACGUGACGCGGUUCGUGAUGUUAGCGCGGGAGCCGAUCAUUCCUCGCACAGAUCGGCCUUUCAAAACGAGCAUCGUCUUCGCACACGACCGCGAGGGCACAUCUCUGCUCUUCAAAGUCCUCUCCGCUUUCGCCUUCCGUGACAUCUCGCUGACGAAGAUCGAGAGUCGGCCGCACCGCAAUCGCCCCAUCCGACUCGUCGACGACGCCAACGUAGGCACGGCGAAGCACUUUGAGUACCUCUUCUACCUCGAUUUUGAGGCUUCCAUGGCGGAAACACGCGCGCAGAACGCACUCGCCGAGAUUCAAGAGUUUACAUCUUUCUUGCGAGUGCUCGGCAGCUACCCGAUGGACAUGACUCCUUGGAACACUCCCUCCUCUACGUCCUCCGCCUCCCCUCCUUCCUCUCCUCUGUGAUUGAUGAGUUGAUUUUCGAUCGGGAAGUCGCAGCGUCGCGCCGCCUGCUGGGGACGACCGGGAAGUCGUGCUGUGAUUUCUUGUUUUUUCUCUUUUCUUUUUUUUUUUCAUUUUUAUUUUAACUGUUUAUUUUGUAUUGUGAAGUAAAAAUAUUGGGUGAGAAGGAUCGUGGGAUUAAAAAAGA